UCAUUCACAAUUUCACCAACCUCUUUUUCAACUCCACUUUAAUUAACAACCUCACUGCUUCAUUACACUCUUCAUUCAACUCUUCCGCCAUUUCUCUCAGUUUUUUCAAAAAAUCAAUUUCUACGAAAAUGCAUGUUUAAUUCGAUUGUUUUGAGUUCUAGAUUUCUGCAAUGGCGAAGAAUUUCUCGAACUUUUCAUCAAUGGCGGCGGAAAUUGCAAUUGCAAUUGCUGCUGUAAUGUUGAUUUUAGCAACUGUAGUAGAAUCGAAGUUUAUGGUGUACAAUACAUCGGCGAAAAUUGUGCCGGAUAAAAUCAAUGUUCAUUUAGUUCCUCAUACUCAUGAUGAUGCUGGUUGGUUGAAGACUGUUGAUCAGUACUAUGUCGGCUCUAAUAACUCCAUUCAGGGAGCAUGUGUUCAGAAUGUACUGGAUUCGUUGAUUCCGGCGUUACUAGCUGAUAAGAACAGGAAAUUUGUAUAUGUUGAGCAGGCGUUUUUUGAGCGUUGGUGGAGAGAGCAGAGCGAGGCUAUGCAGAAGAUUGUCAAGGAAUUGGUUAAAUCUGGUCAACUAGAGUUCAUAAAUGGGGGCAUGGUCAUGCAUGAUGAGGCAGCUACACACUAUAUUGACAUGAUUGAUCAAACAACACUAGGACACCAAUUCCUUAAGAAAGAAUUUGGGGUGACACCAAGAAUUGGUUGGCAAAUUGACCCCUUUGGACAUUCAGCCGUACAAGCUUAUUUGUUGGGAGCAGAGGUUGGGUUUGAUUCUUUGUUUUUUGCAAGAAUAGACUACCAAGACUUGAAGAAACGUAAGAGUGAGAAGAGCCUUGAAGUUGUCUGGCAGGGCUCUAAGAGUCUCGGUGCAACUGCUCAGAUAUUUGCUGGUGCCUUUUGCCAAGGCAAUUAUGAACCUCCUGAUGGUUUCCAUUUUGAAGUAAAUGAUGACUCUCCGAUUGUCCAAGAUGACCCAACCUUAUUUGAUUAUAACGUUCAACAUCGAGUGAAUGACUUUGUUGCUGCUGCAAUAUCACAGGCAAAUGUAACCCGAACAAAUCAUAUAAUGUGGACCAUGGGAACAGAUUUCAAGUACCAAUAUGCUCAUACAUGGUUCCGGCAAAUGGAGAAGCUGAUUCAUUAUGUUAACUUGGAUGGACGUGUCAAUGCACUAUACUCAACCCCAUCAAUAUAUACCGAUGCAAAACAUGCAACUCAAGAAUCCUGGCCUAUGAAAGCUGAUGACUUCUUUCCAUACGCAGAUAGAAUUAAUGGAUACUGGACAGGAUACUUUACUAGCAGACCCGCUUUGAAGCGUUAUGUUAGGGAGAUGAGUGGCUACUAUAUGGCAGCGAGACAACUGGAAUAUUUUAUAGGAAGGAGUAAAUCAGGCCCCAAUAAUGAUGCAUUAGCAAAUGCCUUAGCUAUAGCUCAACACCAUGAUGCAGUGACUGGUACUGAAAAGCAGCAUGUAGCUAACGAUUAUGCCAAGAGACUGUCUAUUGGUUAUCAGGAGGCUGAGGUGCUGGUUGCAUCAUCAAUUGGAUGCUUGACUCAAUCUUCGAGCGCUACUGGAUGUCAAAACCCUACUACAAAAUUUCAGCAGUGUCCACUGUUAAAUAUAAGUUAUUGUCCUGCAUCAGAAACUGAUCUCUCUCAUGGAAAAGACUUGAUUGUGGUAGUCUAUAAUCCUCUUGGAUGGAGGAGAGAAGACGUUAUUCGUAUUCCUGUCAAGAAGGAAGAUGUUGCAGUUCGUGAUUAUGAAGGAAGGGAGAUAGAGGCACAAGUUCUUCCUAUGUCUGAUGUGCAAUUGAGCAUGAGCAACUUCCAUGUGGCGUCUUACUUGGGUGUAACUGCAAGAGAUACACCUAAGUAUUGGCUCGUAUUUACAGCAUCUGUACCACCUCUUGGUUUCAACACCUAUGUUGUGUCUGGUGCUAAAGGUGCUAAGUUGAAAAGAUCAUCUGUUUACACAUAUCAAGGCAACAAGAAGUUUGCUUUUGAUAUUGGUUCGGAGAGUUUGAAAAUUACUCUCUCUGAGGAGAAUGGAAAGUUGAAUUAUCAUUAUAAACACAGAAACUUGGGUAAGAAAUCUGUGGAAGUGUCCUAUGGUUUUUAUCCAGGAUACAAUGGAACUGAUAAAGAUCCUCAGGCCUCUGGGGCAUAUGUGUUCCGACCAAAUGGCACAUACGAGAAGCAGUCCAAGGGAGAGGUUUUUAAUGCUCUUGUACAAUCAACUGUCAUGCGUGGUCCUUUGGUAGAUGAAGUUCAUCAACAGAUCAAUUCAUGGAUACAUCAGGUCACAAGAGUUUACAAGGGGAAGGAGCAUGUUGAAGUUGAAUAUGUGGUGGGACCUAUACCUGUUGAAGAUGGGAUUGGAAAAGAAGUUGUGGCUAAAUUGUCAACUGACAUCAAGUCAAAUAAAAAAUUCUACACAGAUUCAAAUGGACGUGAUUUUAUUGAAAGGGUUCGGGAUUAUAGAUCAGACUGGGAUCUGCAAAUAAAUCAACCAGUUGCUGGGAACUAUUAUCCUGUUAACUCUGGAAUAUAUCUGCAUGAUGAUGCCAAUGAAUUCUCUGUUUUGGUGGAUAGAGCGGUUGGAGGGUCUAGCAUAUUGGAUGGUCAGAUAGAGCUCAUGCUCCAUAGACGGUUGCUCAAAGACGAUGGUAAGGGUGUUGCGGAGGCCCUAAAUGAAACAUUGUGUGCUCAUGACAAGUGCACAGGCCUAACUGUCCAAGGGAAAUUUUAUAUCAGACUUGACCGUCUAGGAGAGGGUGCUAAAUGGAGACGUUCGUUUGGUCAGCAGAUAUACUCUCCACUUCUCUUGGCCUUCAGUGAGCAGGAUGGAGACAACUGGUUGAAAUCUCAUGUACCCACGUUUUCGGGAAUGGAUGGUUCUUAUAUAUUACCCGAAAAUGUUGCUAUGAUAACUCUUCAGGAGCUUGAUGAUGGAAAAGUCCUGCUUCGAUUAGCACAUCUAUUUGAGGUUGGAGAAGACAAGGAUCUUUCAAGCAUGGUAAAUGUAGAGCUGAAAAAACUUUUCCCAUCAAAGAAGAUUGGAAAAGUAACGGAGACAAAUCUUUCGGCAAAUCAAGAACGGGCAGAAAUGGAGAAAAAGAGACUGGUGUGGAAGUCUCAAGGUUCUUCUGCUCGGGAGUCUAAAGUGAUGAGAGGGAGACCAAUUGAUCCUACAAAACUGGUUCUUGAACUCGGGCCAAUGGAAAUUCGUACAUUGCUGAUUGAAUUCAACCAUACAUCUGACAAGGUCUCUGAUGCUUAAAUAUCAGGUUUUCUGUCCGAGUAGUUUUUUUUCAGCUGAUCUUUAUUCCAUCGUUGCUUUGAAGAUCCUAUGAGCGUUAUUGUUGUACAACUCUGGGAAACUAUGCUGGGAUGAAAUUCACUAUUGGAUGAAUAUUGUAUAUAUGUAAAGUUGUUGACGCUCCUGCACUUUAUAAUGGUAACUGUAUUGACUAUUGAGUGGAGAUUUGAAGCCUAUUUGUCCCCUGUUUUCAAAUAAUGGUUGUAAUUUGUCAGUGUGUCUAUUUCUUAUCAUCU